CCACUGAGGAGGUGAUGGCAGGCGCGGCACACCAGGAGAUCCCUUUGAGAGUGGCGGAGGGAGAGGAACGGGAGGGAGAGGAACGGGAGGGCGAGGAGAACGAGGAGGAUUCCGAUUUCCAUGAAAGAAAUCUGGAAUGGUGGGGCUGCCGUCACACCCUCUGUCUCAUGGGGUUCCUGGGCACAGCGACAGCGUACACCAUUCGCACCAGCCUCUCCAUGGCCAUCGUCGCCAUGGUGGGGUUCAGGGCACCCAACCACACCGCGGCUGCCAACACUUCCGCGCAAGAUGGCGAUGUGUGUCCAAUACCAGAAGACUUUGACAUAUCACCCAGACUAGGACUGGAGGGCGAGUUCGACUGGGACGAGCGAAAGCAGGGGCUGAUCCUUGGCUCCUUCUUCUACGGCUACGCCAGCAGCAACUUCCUGGGCGGCCGGGCGGCGGAGUACCUUGGGGGGCGUCUGGUGUAUGGGCUGGGCAUCUCGAUCAGCGCCUUGCUGACCUUCAUCACUCCCUUCUGCGCCAGGUGGGCCAUGGAGGUCCUCGUCGUCCUGCGUAUCAUCAAUGCGUUUGUCUUUUGUUUUCGUCCACAGGGUGUGAUGUUCCCCGCCAUCAACACCCUGCUGGCCACCUGGACCUCGCCCGUGGAGAGAGGCAAAUUCACCACGUUCGUGCACACAGGCAUUCAGCUGGGCAACAUCGCCUCCUUAUCCCUGAGCGGCGUCCUGUGCAGCUCGGGGUUCCUGGGAGGCUGGCCCGCCGUGUUCUACGUGUUCGGGGCGCUGGGCCUCGUGUGGGGCGUCUUCUGGUUCCUGCUGGUGCACGACCGGCCGGAGAGGCAUCCCAGGAUCUCGUCGGCGGAGCUCCGUCACCUCCAGGCGUGCAAGAACACCGUCAAGAGCGAUGUGCUGGUGCCUAUUCCUUGGCGGGAGAUCGCGAAGUCAGCUCCUUUCUAGUCCAUCUUCCUCAUGAAUUGGGCCAGCAGCUAUGGCCUCUACACACUCAUGGCCGGCCUUCCGACUUAUCUCAGGAACAUUCAGCACUUCAAAUUGUCUCAGAGCGGCGUGGUUUCAGCAGCCCCUUACCUGUCCAUGUGGAUAGUUAGCAUAGUGUGGAGCGUCAUCUUGGACCGUCUGGCGGCCAUGAAAAUAAUGACAGUCAAAACGGUCAGGAGAGUUUCCACUGCUUUCGCAUCCUACGGCCAGACCACCUUCCUCCUGUGCCUGUGCCUGGUGGAGUGCAACCACACGCUGGUGAUCGCCCUCCUGUGCGCGGCGGUCGGGGCGAGCGGGACCCUCUUCGCAGGAUACAACUCCUCCCAUCAGGACAUCGCCCCCAACUUGGCCGGGUCGCUGAAGGGGAUCACAAACACCUUCGGGUCCGUGGCCGGCGUGGUCGCUCCGGCCGUCACGGGAUACGUCACNNUCUCUCAGCAAACCAUCGGCGCGUGGCGGGUCGUCUUCAUCGUCACAGCCGUCACCUAUUUCGUCAUGUGUACCAUUUAUCUCUUUCUCAUGACGGAUAAAGUUCAGCCGUGGAACGAACCCAAGAAAAAUACAACAAGCAAAGAAAGGAAACGAAACUCAGCUGACAGUUUAUCUGAAGACAAGGACUGCUAACCUCCUCGGAAGAUUUGAAAACGAGUUCGAUCGACUGUAAUUUUUUUUUUCACUUCUGAAGAUGGAUAAUUGUGCAGCUCAGCCGAUAUUCAGUUGGCUUCAGAUCUGACGAUGGAUACUUACAUUAUUCUCAGUAUUUA